UGAGCUGAAGCAGCUCAUGGACUAGCCCGGAGAGGAGGACUGCUUUUGUGGACUGUGUGUCGGGGCUUGUAGUGGACCAUGGCAGCUAAAGAGGACCUGUACAGUAAAAUCAUCCCGCGGAGGCUCCGGCAGAACCGCUCGGGAUCCGUCAAAUGUGGCUCCAACCUGGACGUACUGUUGUCCAUGGGCUUCCCGAGACCAAGGGCACUGAAAGCUUUGGUAUCAACGGGAGGUCGGAGUGUGCAAGCAGCAUGUGACUGGCUGUUCUCCCACGUUGAUGACCCGUUCCUGGAUGACCCUCUGCCCAGGGAGUUUGUCCUCUACCUGCGACCCAGCGGGCCGCUGCAGAACCAGCUCUCCCACUUCUGGCAACAGAGUCGGGUCACAUGCGGCAAAAACAAAGCCCACAACAUUUUCCCGCACAUCACCCUCUGCCAGUUCUUCAUGUGUGCGGACCACAAAGCGGAAGCUCUGUGCGAGGCUCUCCAGGCCAGCGUGCAGCAGUGGCGGGGUCGGUUUCCCACACCGCUGCCCCUGGAGCUCUACACAUCCUCCAACUUCAUCGGUCUUUUCGUAGAGGAGCAGGUGGCCGACGUCCUCAAGCAGUUUGCGACCGACUUCGCCACAGAGGCCGCCAGGAAGGCAGAGGUCCACGUUGAGCCUCACAAGAAGCAGCUCCACGUGACUCUGGCCUACAACUUCCCCUCCGAUCACCUCCCCUCACUGGAGAAACUGGCCAAGGGCAUCGAAGUCAAGCUCGGCUGUGAUUGGCUGGCCGUCCUCUUCUCCAGGGACAUUCGUUUCGCAAACCAUGAGACUCUGCGGGUGAUGUACCCCUACAUGCCUCAGAAUGAAGAUGAGCUGGAGCUGGUUCCUGGUGAUUUUGUCUUCAUGUCUCCGAUGGAUCAGAGCAGUACCAGUGAGGGUUGGGUGAACGGGACCUCGCUCGCCACCGGGCUGUCUGGCCUGCUGCCCGAGAACUACGUCAGCCUGGCUGAUGAGUGUGACACCUGGGUCUUCCACGGCUCCCAUUCAUUCUUCAGCUGCGGGCCCUCUGACAAGACCGGCAAGGAGAGAGGGAUGUUUGACGGCCUGCUGGACAGCCGACGCCCCGAUAACACCAGUCCUGGAGACACACCCACCCUCAGUCUCAUCUGUCAUCCAAUGCAGCAGGUCCUGCGGAUGAGUGGCAGUCACUCUCGGCAGCCCAAGCGAACGCUUUUUGUGUGUCGGCACGGUGAGAGGAUGGAUGUGGUCUUUGGCAAACACUGGCUGUCCCUCUGCUCAGACAGUAAAGGUAGAUAUGUGCGCUCCAAUCUGAACAUGCUUCCCAGUUUGCCGCUGUGGGGAGGACAGAGAGAUUACGACAUGGACGCUCCCAUCACUGUGACUGGAUGCACACAGGCACGACUAGUGGGUGAGGCCCUGUCAGAGAGCAACACAGUGUUAGAUUUUGUGUACUGCUCUCCUUCUCUGCGAUGUGUUCAGACAGCACAGAACAUACUGAAAGGUAUGCAGCAGGAAGGCAAGCUGAAGGUGCGAGUGGAACCGGGGCUCUUUGAAUGGACCAAAUGGGUUUCAGGGAGCUCCCUUCCUGCAUGGAUACCUCCCACUGACUUGGCUGCAGCCCAUUUUAGUGUGGACACAACGUACAGACCUCUGAUCCCAGUCAGCAAGCUCACUGUGUCUGAAUCCUAUGAGAACUACAUGAGUCGGAGCUACCAAGUGACCAAAGAUAUCAUGGCAGACUGCAAAAACACUGGAAACAACGUGCUGAUUGUAGCCCACGCAUCUUCCUUAGAGGCCUGCACACGCCAGCUGCAGGGCCGCAGCCCACAGAGCGCCAAGGACUUCAUCCAAGUGGUCCGAAAGAUCCCGUACCUGGGCUUCUGCUCCUGCGAGGAGCAGGGAGACACGGGGGUGUGGCAGUUAGUGGACCCUCCCAUCCUCCCCCUCACACACGGACCAAACCACACCUUUGACUGGAGGGAGACACUUCUGCAAGAAUGACAUCUGCCUGACCCCCCCCCCCCCCUCCCACUCCCCACCCCUACCCCGACCUGAUAAUACUGUACUCCCCACAGACUGCAGUAACAAGUUUCAGACCAGUGGCCCCAAAUACUGGAACUUUUCCCUUUUCACUGUCUUUACAAAGCCGGUGGUCUCGCAGCGAUAGUCAAAGAAGCUCUCUGUCUGAACUUGAGGAGCUGGUGAAUGGUUGGUGAACUGAUUCCAUCCCGCUGAUGCUGCUUUCAACAAUAAUUUAGCCACCUUUUUUUUUUCUUUUUUUUUUGCAAGCGUGAGGGAGAUGUUCACUCGUGCAAGGAGAGUUUUCACUGGAAUCCAGUAGAUGGAUCAUGUGUAUUUAUUGUCAUCCCAGUCUCAGGUAGUUUUGUGAAAUCAGCAUGGUUUGCUCUGCUGCUGUGAAUGAUUAGUAAGAAAAAAGUAUUAUAAGUAUAAGCAGGUCUACAGUAGUAGCGUGACACUGACGUAAUGCCAUGAAGUUGUAGAGUUGAAAUGUCUUUACUUUCAGCUUGGAUGACUCAGGUUCGGUUCCUAGCUCGUCAGUGAUGGUCUGAGUUCCCCGAAUACACAGAAAGCUAGUUUAUAUUUGUUCUACAUAUAUUUUAAAACUAAACAAAAGUUGUUUUUUCUCGCUUAAUUUGAACCAUUAGCUGUGUGUGCAAAUCACUCAUUCACUCAUUCAUCAUGAUCAGCAGUAAGUUGAGAUUUCCAACACUUAUGAAUCAUCAUGAGUUGUGUCAUCACUAACAGGUGUUGGAACUGUUAGCAGUAGGUUGUGUACAGUACCAGCCAUGGAGCAGGAAUUAGCAAAACCAAAAAAUAUGUUAAGUACUUUUAUGAUUUCUGUCACAACCUUUGAGUGUUACAAAUAUCUUUUUAUUAAAAUCCCUCAUGUUUUAAGAUACAUUAGCGACGUAGCUACUACAGCUAAGUCAUUAGAUGUUAUAUACACAUGCUAACAUGUCUACGUUAGCAGCAUUAGCAGGUAACCAUGCUAGUGUUUGUGUUUGGUUUAGCUUGUGUGCCAGCAUGCGAAUAUUCAAAACGUGUUAACAUGCUACCAUUAGCACAAACGUAAAUAUAGUGGACUAGGCAGUAAAUAAAGGGUGAUUUAAGCUCGGUGCUAUGAGCUAUCAGCUUAUAUAACAAGCUAAAAGGUUAAAUGUUAGCAUUUAGCAUGUAAGUGUGUUAAUAUGGAUAAAUCAUGUUAACUGUUCCUCUGGUGCCUCUGUCCUAAUGGUAAAAAUCUAAUAACCAAGUUGUCUAAAUAUUGUUCAUCUAUACAAGUUGGUUCUUUAGUGUAAUAAUGCACAUUACAUGCACUUUUAGUCUUGCUUUUAAACAUGUGUGACUAAAUGUUUUGCAUAGCUAAUUCGUGACCACAGUAUCUGAUUUGCAUUUGGGAACUCAUGCUCCUUUCACAAAAUAUUUUGAGACUGUGGAGGAUUUAUACAGAUUGUUACGGACCCAGCAGCAUUUCCACUUCAUCAUACAUGUGACAAGGUUUGACUUUGAGCUCAUCUUAAGUCACAGGGCUCAUAACCAGAUAAAAAAUGAUUGUUUUAAAAGCAAUGGCAUCACUUGUCCUGCUUCAGUGGCUGAGGGAAUCAAGUCUUCACAUCAGGGCCUUUUCCCAAUACUAAAUACAUUAUGUGGCCCCCAUAUGUAGCAUACUAAGUACUACAGUGUCUUCUACUUUUCAUUUAUUAUAUUUAAAAAUGAAACAGCCGCAUCGAUGACAGCACAAACUGCACUAUUGACAAUCACACAGUAGCUUAUUGAUUCCGGUCCAGCAGCAUUUUUUGUGUGCAUUUUUGUUGUAUGUAGUUUAAAAGUUCUAAGUAAUCAUAUUUUGAAAAAAAAAGUCUUCCGGUUGCAUUUAUAUUUAUUUAUAAACCUUUCUGUCAGAUGUUAGAAAGAGAGAAAAGAGAAUCAUCACUUUUAGCAGCAUGCAAGAUUUUAUCCUCUGUAUCUCAGGUGUUAACUGCAUUUAAAACAUAUGUAUAUGCAGAUUUGGAAACUGUUCCAUUGAUGGGGUUACUGUGUUGUUGUGAGUGCCUCUUAGAAAAUUAAAGUGAUAUGUCCUGAUAAUGAUAACUGUAAUGACUGCCCACUACGUAACAGCUACAGAAGAAGAUGCCAUGGUGUGAACUUCAUCAGGUGGAAACAACAAUGGAAAGUUUGCUUAGUCUGAUACUUGACACACAUCACACAUAUUUAUUAAGACAUCAUACUAGUUGCAUGUUUUGAUCUGUUCCUUGUAAGGCAGUUCUCAGCCAGCAGAGCCGCCUCAUUCAUGAAUCUAUCUCAGCUCUAGGUAAAGCACUUCACUCACAGAAGUUACAAAUCAAAGCUAAAUGGUGAAACACAAGCUGUGUCCCAUUUCGUGGCCGACCUCUUAGGAGCUACACAUUCUAGGACCAAAUAUGUCAUGAGGUAAGGUUUGACCUGAGAUCUCAUGAUGAAACAUGAUCAGUUUACACUACCAUUAACAAACUUCACAUGGCAGAUAUUCAAAGGUGCAAUAAACCACACUCAGCCCCACUAGAUGUCAGCAAACAACUAUUUCCUAUGCUAAGAUAUAGCGGAGUAAUGGCGUCCUGAGCAGUGAAUGAAGUCACACUGCAUCUGUGUGCGUUGUAAUCCAAGUUUCUCCAAUCUUUGUUUUGAUAGCUGGUCUGGCUGCAUGCGCAUGUUAGUGCAUGUGAGCAUGCAUGUUAGUGCCUUUGAGUCCUCUGUGUCCUCCCUGCAUCCGCUGGGGUCACAAAGUUUAUCAUAUAGCUAAAUGGUACACUAUAUUAUUCUGAAAAUAUUUGAGAUGACAAAUAGGCAAUGCAGCAACAGGAUUGAGAUCCAUAUUUAAUCAACACUGCCUACUUUGAUAGUUAAAUCUGAGUUUCAUGAGCUGUUGGUUUAGGGGCUGCUUUUUUCCAGAGCUUUAUUGAGUAAACAAUGUGCACAUUUGUUUUGUUGUGUGAUUCUGGUUCUAGUGCGACAUGUAGUGGGACUGACUGUUCAUAUUGCACCUUUAAAGAGUAACUUAAUACCAGACUGAAAAGGAGCACUUCAUUGCCACUCUGAAAGCUUCAACACUGAUGUCAUGGUGUACGGUGGAGUACAUAAGAAAGCUGAGAAGUUAAAACCACCUCAACUUCUCUCAAGAUUUUGUUUUAAUUCAGACUUUUUUAGACUUUCUUUUGGGUAUAUCGAGUGAGGUUAUCUUCGGGAGAGAAUUGGAUUCAUGAUCUCAGUAGUUUUAAAAUGCUGGCUAAAGCACCCAGGUUCAGCCCAGGAGCCUUCAGUCCUCUGAAGGAUGCAGCUUUCCUUGUAGGUUGCAUCCUUUGAAGGAGGUAGCCUGAGGAAUGGAACACAGCUCGUCUAUCUACCAAAUAGCACUGACUGAAUGCUUCAUCUUGGACACACAGACUAUUAGAUCCAUCACCUUGCAGUGUUUCACAUUUGCAAAUAAAAUGAUGAGUAGACUAAAGGAGAAACAAACAGUAUGUGAAUCCAUAAUAAAUCACAUACUGUUCUGUGUUAAAACUUUUAUGCAUCUGCUACUUGCAUCAACCCAUAGUGAGCGAGGCAGGUUCAUGCUAAGGCUGUGUUUACACAUAGCUUUUUUCUUCUUGGAAAAACUGCAAGGGGAAUGUUUUAUGAGAACAUAAAAAUCUGAACAACAGGCUGCUCAGUUUUGCUCAACAAUAAUUCUCCCGAGGAUUUUCCCAGCUGUUGUUGCUGUGGGUGGUCAGCUCUGCCAAAAACUCCAAUCAUUUUAAGGGAAUUAAUAAUUUGACAUUUGUGUGUGAUAAUUUAUUUCUACUGAGUUAGCACAGAAAAUUGAUAUCACUGUCAUUUGCAUGCUAAAUUAUUGAGCUAGAGCUUGAAGGCGGUUAGCUUAGCUUAGCAUAAAGACUAGAAGCAGUGGGAAACAGCUAGCUUGGCUCUGUCCAGAGUUCAAAACUGUGCCUACCAAAAACUACUUUUUUACAUUUUACUAAUCAACACAUCGUAUAUUGUUUCUUUAAUCUGUACACUGAUCAGCCAAGAUAACAAACAAGGUACAACGCACUGAUAAGCGUAAUUUAGAGGUGGAGGUAGGCAUGUUUUUGAGCGUUGUAGUUUUGGCUAGCUGUUUCCCUAUGCUCCCAGUCUUUAGACUGACUGACUCCCAGCUCUAACUUAUUACAUAACACACAGACGUGACUUUGAAAUCAGACUUAUAAUUUGGGGUUUUUUUUACGUUAAAGGUGCAGAGUGUAGAAUUUAGGGACAUCCAGCAGAACUGACAUGGCAGAAAUGGAAUAUAAUAGUCAUGAGUAUGUUUUAAUUAGGGUCUGAAAAUAAGAAUAGUUGAGUUUGUGUUACUUUAAGGUUAACAAUUUAUAUCUACAUAAGUAGCAGGUCCUCUUCCACAGAGGCCACCAUGUUGCACUGCCAUGUUUCUACAGUAGCCCAGAAUGGACAAACAAAACCCUGGCUCUGGAGAGGGCCUUUUACAAGUUUUGUGGCCACCAUAGGGUCUUUAACAUGCUUGUAGGGAAGGGGUAUUCAGUUAGCUGCAAUCUGCAACUUUACUGCUAGAUGCCAUUAAAUCCUACACACUGGUCCUUUAAAGAAGGAUUGGCUGUUAGGAAAUUAAAAACUACACAUGAACACAAUCUUAAUCCGUUAACUAUUAAAUCUUCACCGGUAAACACUUAAUUUUCAAAUUCUUUCAGGUGAAAAAAAUCUAUGUAUGCCUCAUUAAAACAUAAUAAUUACUUUUGAUGUCCAGAGACAUCACAAAUUUGGUUAAAGUCAAUGUAAUACAUCUUGUGAAAACAGCAAUUUUCACAAGAACAACUAUUUUUACAUCCCACUGUUUCCUUGAUCUACAAGCCAUCAUCAUUAUAUCGUUGAAUCUGUGUUGUGAAUACUUUGUUGACACAUGGAGGCAAUGAGGCAGGCAUUGGAAUGAAAUGCAGUGCUACUACAGAAAUGUGAAAGGUUAUAUCUUUUUUUAAAUUAAAUUAAAUUUUCAUCACACAAUGUACUGGAACAGCAGAUGUUAGAGUAAGAUAAAAAAAAAGUGUGCUUCUACAAAAAGAGUUAAACACCAGAAGAAGAGAGCCUUGUGUAUGAAAAGUGUGUGUAAAGAAACAGGAAGAAGAAGCCAUGUUGUUCCUACAUCCUUUAUUUAUUGUCUGAACAUAUCACCAAACAUAUAUAACAAUUAAUUUAAAGUUGCCUGUUUUGAAAAAUAUAUUGACUUAUAAUUUAAGAUGGUUUGGAGGCUUCAUGUGACAUUUAUUUUAGUUUUGAAUAUCUUUUGUUCUUUUGUUUUCGUAGCAUUGAGUUAUAGAAAGAAGCUGUUGUUUUUAAGCAGUUCUAAUAUUUUCUAUUUUGGAGUACUCUGCAGGCUCGAGAGGGAGAGUAACUUGUGUUAUUCAACAUGUGGUGACAUUUAUCAUUUGCAAUUUGGUUUUGUUCUGAUGGAACAUUAAAACAUAGAUGUUCUCCAUAGCAAUAACAUUAUAUAAGUGCAGGUGUGCACAGUUACUGCUUAUCUGUUUGGGUUUGCACAUGUGCUGCAAAUACUGUAAAAGAAUACACAUCAAAUAAAAGGCUA